CGUUUUAUUGAUAGAGUACAGUGAUUCUAUACGGGACAGUAUCGGUCUAACGUUUCGAAGGUACACACGUAACCAUUGAUACCUAAGUAUCAUAAGUAAAAUAAAAUAAGUUCAUAAUUAAGGAACGUUCUAUAUUUUCUAUAUUUUACACUACUUGUAUAUAAACUACUUGUGAAACUACUUGUAUAUCUUCUACAAUGGGUUUGUUGGAAAUAUAUAAUUAUUUGAAUAGAGAAUUAUCGCUCCCAUCAAGUCGUGAUUGGUUGUUCGUAUCCUCGCCGUUUCCACUAUUGCUACUAACUGUGGGAUAUUUGUAUUUUGUUCUUUACGCUGGUCCUCGCUACAUGAAAAAUCGAACGCCAUUUAAAUUGAGAACCGUUAUAUUAAUUUAUGACUUAAUUCAAAUUCUGGCAAACUUAUGGCUUCUAAAACGGCAGUUUGAGGCCGGUUGUUUUGUUUUUUUGACAGAAUUAACCGUUAAGAACUGUUGGACACAGUACGCAAGCAUCAUUGAUGUUUCUAAAUUGCAUAUAACGGGAUGGUAUGGACUCUUAUUGAAAAUGUUUGAUUACAUCGAAACGUGCAUAUUUGUGUUGAGGAAAAAACAAAACCAAGUCUCUGUUUUGCACGUGUAUCAUCAUAUGUCUAAUGUAGGAUGUGUGUUCUUUAAUUUGAAAUACUUUAUGGACGUAAGAACUUCGUAUUUCGCAAUGGUCAAUUGUAUUGUGCAUGUAAUCAUGUACAUGUACUAUUUCAUCUCUGCAUGGAGUCCGAAUCUCCAACGGAUGAUGUCUCCCAUUAAACGAUUUAUAACUAUUUUACAGAUGAUACAAUUUGUGUGCUUCUUGUAUAUUCUACUGCAGUUUCUCACUUGCGAAAUGCCAAUGCCAAGAGGACUAGUGUUACUCUUUACUGUAAAUAUACUUAUAUUUCUUUAUUUAUUUUAUGAUUUUUAUAAGAAAUCUUAUACAGCAAAACAGAAGAGUAAUUAACAUUGAGAAAUAAUUUUGUAUUACCUGAACAAAUAAUACUAAUUAUUGAUAUAU